GCUGCACAAGCUGCUGGGCGUCGUCAAAUUGAUUCGCGCAGGGCUUCUUUUCAGUGAUGUGGCGAUUGUGUUGGGGGGGGCGUUCACAUGUUGAGCUGAGGUUUCUGACCCUCAGGACAGCAGGCGAUGGUUUCAGCUGCCUCUGCUUGCUGGGCACCAGUUUGGAGGCCCUUAGGUGGUACCGCCAUCGCUGAAGCCGCUUCGAAUGAGUGUGGGGGACAGCGAACUGUUUCGCAUGGACCUCGCCCCUCGCCCAUCGCUCUGCGUGUUCCUGGUUGGCUGACUGCUCUGCCCUUACGCGCAAGGGGACAGCACGGGAGUACAGCUCUGCAGAGCAAUGCUGAUGGGAGGGCGGGCCUCUCGAGGUGCAGACCCGGGUGGUGGCAGGGCGGUGGGAGGCAGCACUUGCGUUGGCAGCCACAAAGAGCGACGCCCUCUGCAGCUAUUGCUUCGGUUCCGGCCUCGCAAAGUGUUGACGAAGGUGACUCUAGCACUGAGGAUGACAGUGAAGGUGACGCUCCUAGCAUUGAGCCGGAGGUCGAGGAACCCGGUGCAGGCGUUCAGGAGGAAGCCUUGCGCUUGUUGGAGUGGCCGGCCUUGUGCAAGCAGGUUGCUGAGUUUGCCUCCACCCCCAUUGCAGUGGCCAUGGCGCAGGCUGGCCAGCUCCGCAUUGGCCGCACCCAAGCAGAGAGCGUGCAGCUGCUCGCAGAGACGGAGGCGGCGCGUCACUGCACCCUCACGUUUGAGGGGGUGAGGGACAUCCGCAAGGUGGUGCAGAAGGCGGCCGCGGGGCAGUGCUGCCAGAUCGCGGAGCUGGCCGACGUCGGGGCCAGCCUGGAGGCCGCAGACAGGCUGCAGAGGGGGCUGGUGGCCGCGAGCACUGCUGCUGCAAAGGCUGCGCCAGGGGCCCUGGACCCGCUGCUGACCAUCCUGGAGCCAGUCACAGUGGACCUGCAACUGGCGCAAGACAUCAGGCGCUGCCUCUCUGCAGAGCCCCCCCUCAUCCUGGACACGGCGAGUGCUGCCCUGGCUUCCAUCCGGUCGCAGCGGCGGGACAACAUGCGAGCGUUGCAGCAGCUGCUGGGGACGCUGGCGGCGCAGCUGGAGGCCAGCGGCGCGGCAGAGCAGGGCAUGGUGGUGGCCAGGAGGGGCAGGCUGUGCGUGGCCGUCAAGGCAGCACGACGGGGGGACAUCCGAGGUGGCAUCACGCUGGACCAGAGCAACACGGGUGUCACAGUGUAUGUCGAGCCAGAGGAAGCAAUCGCCCUGAACAACCGGGAGAUGGAGCUAUCCGGGCAGGAGGCAGAGGAGGAGACGCGCAUCCUCAAGCAGCUCAGCAGCCAGGUGGCUCAUCGUGCGGCCGGACUGUUGCUCCUCCUGGAGCGCAUCACGGCCCUCGACCUGGCCGUUGCGCGGGCCGCCCAUGCCGCCUGGCUCCACGGCACGCGGCCCACCUUCAGCGCUGCCCCACCGAGCGUAGAUACCGAGGCUAGCAGCAGCGGAAGAGGGGACGAGACCUCCACGUGGCUGGACAUUCAGCAAAUGAGGCACCCCCUGCUCCUGGCCGCAGCCAUUGGGCCCCUGAACAAGAAGCAGGAUCCACGGACGGAGCACGGAUCGGCGGAGAGGUUACCCGUGCCGAUCGACAUCCGGGUGGACCCCCACGUUCGGGUGGUCGCCAUCACGGGCCCGAACACGGGGGGCAAGACGGCGACCCUGAAAACGCUGGGCAUGGCCGCGCUGAUGGUGCGCGCGGGCCUGUUUGUGCCGGCGCAGGGCGCGCCGGUGGUGCCGUGGUUCGACGCGGUGCUGGCGGACGUGGGCGACGAGCAGAGCCUGCAGCAGAGCCUGUCCACCUUCAGCGGCCACGUGCGCAGGCUCACCAGGAUCCUGCAGGCGUGUGGCCCGUCCUCGCUGGUGCUUCUGGACGAGGCAGGCGGGGGCACUGACCCGUCUGAGGGCGCCGCGCUGGCGACUGCGCUGCUGAAGCACCUGGCGGGAACUGCCGCGCUCACAGUCGCUACGACUCAUUACUCCGAGCUCAAGGCCCUCAAGGAACAGGACUCACGGUUCGAAAACGCUUCUGUCGAAUUCGACCGGGCCACUCUGCGACCGACUUACAAGGUGCUCUGGGGAGUGCCCGGCCAGUCCAACGCUCUCGACAUUGCGUCCGCCCUCGACUUCGACGCUGACGUCCUGCGCGAGGCGCGUUUGCUGCUCCGCCAGCUGGCGCCCGCGGGCGCAGGCGAGCGCGCGAGCUCGCUGCUGGGGCCCCUCAUGCAGCAGGCGGACGGCUUCCGCGACAAGGCGGCAGCGGCGGAGGGGGUGCUGGCUGAGGCGCGGCACGUGCAUGCCAGUAUUGCGGAGGAGGCGGCGGGGCUGGCCAAGCGGGAGAGGCGGCUGCAAAAGGCCAAGGAAGAGGAGGUGGCGCAGCUGAUUGCCGAGGCGCGGCGCGAGAUGCGCGCGGUGGUGGAGCAGCUGCAGAGGCAGGCCAACGCGGGAGGCUCGGCAGCAGGGGGCGGUGACGUGGACCCAUACGAGGCCGGCACGCGCCUCCAGGACAUCGCGGCGGCCUACUCGCCUGACCGCCAGCAGCUCGAAGACUACGUUGCCGCUACAGCUGGCGCGCGGGUCGACCGUGCCAGGGGGGCCACGUGGCAGCCGGAGCCAGGCGACCUGGUGCUGGUGCGGCGGCUGGGUACCAAGCCCGUGCAAGUCGCCGAGGCAACCGACAGGCAGGGCAGCCUGGUGGUGGUGCUGGGCCAGCUGCGGCUGCGCGUCAAGCGGGACGAGGUGCUGCCCCUCGCCAGGGACGACGACGCGGGGGGGGGACCCGCACAGCCGCAGAAGAGGCCCUCCUCGCUUAGCCAGCUGCAGCGCGCGUUUGAAGGCGAAGCGGGGACGUCAGAGGGCGCCAUCUCGGGGGUGAGCGGAGUGGACGUACUGACGGGGCCCGCGGAGGCUGGCCCCGCCAUGCAGACGGCAGGCAACACGGUGGACCUGCGGGGGAUGCGAGUGGACGAGGCUACCAGGGCUUUGGAGACUGCCCUGAUGCAUUCGAGUGGGGGCGACCAGAUGUAUAUUAUUCACGGAGUCGGGACUGGGGCCAUCCGACAGGCCGUGGAGAAGAUGCUGAAGAAACAUCCGUACGUAGAAAGCUUUGCUCUUGAAUCAGAAGCCAACCAGGGGCUCACAAUCGCACAAUUGAAGUAGCAGGUUUUGCCCUACUGACAAGUGGUAUGAAAGCGGAUACAAGCUCUGCCAAAGGUGGUAUACAUGCUUCAGGACGUUGUAUAUUUAGAGUAGACGAACCAAUUGAGGAAAAGCACCCACGAGAAUCUUCCCCGCUCGUGUGUGCGAGCUGCGAUCGCCUUGCAGCUUGUUUAGAAGGCAAAUCGGCAAGCAGCCUGGCAAACUUCGUUGCCAGAGUCGCUGCGACAAAAGAAUCAAUCACAGGCCCUGAAAGUAAUCAAGAUCACAGGCCCUGCGGCGCAUCGAUUCGCCCGUUGCGGAUAGGAAUUGACUCAAACGGGCAUUCUGCACAUGGGAAAUGAUACACAAGC